CACAACAUUUUUCAAGUCUCGGGAACAAGAAACAAGGCGGAGGCGGUUGACAAGAGGGAUUUAUCUGUGGCUGGAAGAGAGAGGCGAGCUCCCCGUCUGCAGCUGCGAGGAACAUCUGGCUGAACUGAGAUGCUCCCCGCAAAUGCUCAUGUGUGUCUCUAACAGCACGGUGUGUGUCUUGCUGCGGACUUGUUGAUGCCAUGUCAGAGGGAGAAGGACAACCGGCAGAGCCUGUUCUUACUCAGCUGCAGUAUGGAUCUACUUUUUACGACACAGGCUCAUCUGGACCUGAUGACUUUUUUGAGGAGGACUCUUACUCUCCAUCCUCCCUAUCCUCAUCCUCAUUGCCCACUGUCCCCAUGGUAACAUCUCUGCAGAGGAAAACCUUGUGCACGUCCUGCGGCCUGGAGAUUGCGGACAGAUACCUCCUCAAGGUGAACAAUCUGUGCUGGCACGUGCGCUGCCUGUCAUGCAGUGUGUGUAACGCAUCACUGGGGCGACACGUGAGCUGUUAUGUGAAAGAUACACAGGUUUUCUGCAAACUUGACUACUUUAGGAGGUAUGGCACUCGCUGUGCUCGCUGUGGCCGUAACAUCCAUUCUACUGACUGGGUGCGUCGGGCACGAGGAAGCACCUUCCACCUGGCCUGUUUCUCGUGUGCCUCCUGCAAACGCCAGCUCUCCACAGGAGAGGAGUGUGGACUACUAGAAAACCGGGUCUUCUGCCGGCCUCAUUAUGACAUGAUGAUGGACAAUCUUAAACGUGCUAAGGAAAAUGACCAACCAAAAGCAGAGGAAGCGAGGGCAGACAAAGAUGACUCCAGUUCCCUUCCCCGGCCUGCUAAGAGGGCCAGGACCAGCUUUACAGUUGACCAGCUGCAGGUGAUGCAAACACAGUUUGCUAAAGAUAACAACCCAGAUGCCCAGACUCUGCAAAAGCUGGCAGAGAGGACUGGUCUCAGUCGCAGGGUUAUUCAGGUUUGGUUUCAGAACUGUCGAGCCCGUCAAAAGAAGCACGUCAUCCCGAGUCAAAUGUCUUCAAGCAUGAUGACAUCGUAUAGUUCUGGACAACUGACCCCACCUUUGAUGGAGGAUCUGCAAUACACAACCUACAUUUCCUCUGAAGCACCUCUUCUAACUACUCUCACUUACAUGGAUGUCCAAACUCCAGACUCACUUCUGCUUCAGCCGCUCAUAUCGCAUCCAAUGACGCAACUGCCGCUCAGCCAUGCUUGAUGUUUCAUCCCACCUCCUGUGUGCUGAAGCGGAGUGGUUGAUGGGAAAAGAAAGGGCAGAACUUUACUCUUGCAUGAAAGUUGUGGAAGGUUUUUGUGUGUUAAAACAAGGGUGUCCUCAAAAGUAGCAGCACUGAAUUGUCUAAUGUUUGAGCAGACGCCUGGAAGAAUCGGUUAGUUGGGUCAUUCAAUUAGUUUCACUCAAAGAGGCGUUCACAGAUGGAAAUAGGUUGAAAAUCUCCAGGAAAAUAUUAAUGUUUUGUAAGAUGAAAUUUCUGUUAAUAUGUAUGUUAUGAAUUUAUGUGUACUUAAUUUAUUUGAAGUAUUGAAUGAGAAAAGGCACUUUGUUUACAAAUAUGAAAUGUCAAAAUGGCUAUAAUUUUGAGUAAAUUGUUUUGUCUUUAGGAUGCAAUUCAGAAAAAGGUGAGUCUUUGCAUCUACAAGAGUGAAAAUCUGCAUUUUUUUUUUCUGUUAUAAGACUACUAGUGAAUUGGGUUAAACUGCUAUUUUAACCACGAGAGAUGGUACAUCAAUGGAGAGUCUCCUUUUCUUUUCGGCCUUCCAUGGCCUUACUAAGAGUUUAACAGAAAAUAUUGACUUUUUUUCCUGCUUAUUUUCACUCUUUCAAAACCGAUUUUCAGACAUACAUUGAAAUGUUAAGCACACUCAAAAGAUAAUGAAAUGUUUUUGGGUUUAUAUUGUAUUGAGUUGGUAAUUGUUUGGAUUCCAACAGGAGACUUGGGAGUUUUGUGAUACCUGAGAUGAGAAUUUAAUUUCUUUUUCUUUUAGUAAAAUUUUAUUUCCUUGAAAUACCUUGAAGUUUGCUGGAAGUACUUCAAUUUGUACUGAAAGUAUAAGAUUUGUUUUAAUGUAUUCUAUUCAAUUUGUUUUACUUUAUGCUGCUUAAAGUUGAUGAGUCUCUGUAAAGGUGAAUUUAUUAUUCUUGCAUUAAGCUGACAUGAUGCUGAUUUCUUUGAAGUAACAUUUUUGAAUAAAUGUUGAAUGCAUAGUCAAAAAUGGAAUUACCCACUUUUUUUUAGUUCAAAUAUAA